UUCCCUCGCUGGAUCUUUUUCGAUCUGGCAAGCUGAGACCGGAUCUCUCUCAAUUAACCGCGCCCCCUCCCUUAACACACACACACACACUACUCCACGCACGCACGCUUCUCGGAAGCUCGCUUGCUUGCGUGUUUGAUCAGCGGUUUGAUCCCUGGAGCUUUCUGCCGCCAGCACCCCCACCCCACCCCGGCAAGCCCGGGGUUUCUGGCAUGGGUGCAGCAACUCUCCGGCCCUGACUCGGAAAGAAAAUAGAUUUUAUCCCAAAUCACACACACACACACCCCACCCGCCUGCGCUUUCUCCUGCACGCCGUGGCUGCCGCAAGAGCUGUGCUGGAGCGCUCCAACUUUUUCCUCUCUUCCCCUCCUUAAAUUUUAGAGAGAGUUAAAAGAAAGAGGAGCUGGCGGGGUCGUGGUGGGGGGGGAGAGUGAUACCACGUUUUCCGGUUACGGGAGGGGGGGGGAAGCGCUUCCUUGGUUCCUGGCUGCUGGUUCUAAUGGGAGACACGCAGAAGGGUCAAACAAAUCGAACCACCAAGGCAAAGGAUGCCCACGUCUGUGGCAGAUGCUGUGCCGAGUUCUUUGAACUCACGGAUCUCCUGCAACACAAGAAGAACUGUACUAAAAAUCAAUUAGUUUUAAUUGUGAAUGAAAAUCCCAUUUCUCCUUCUGAAGCCUUCCCUCCUAGCUCCCCUACUGAUAAUCCUGACGAACAGAGGAAUGACACAGUUAAUAACAUGGAUCAAGUAGACCGCAGCGACCUUUCCGAGCAUAACGACAAACUUGAGACGGAAGAAUCCAUGGACGUGGAGGCUUCUGGGGUUAGUAAGAGCACUGGCAGUAGUUCCCAGAAUGUCAACAAUAGUAUUGCAAGCAGUAACUGCUCCACGAUGGGUACCUCAGCUAUAACAACCUCUCUACCUCAACUAGGGGAUCUGACCAUGCUAGGCAACUUCUCGAUGAUCAAUAGCAACGUCAUCAUUGAAAACCUUCAGAGCACAAAAGUGGCGGUGGCACAGUUUUCCCAGGAAGCGCGGUGCAACGGUGCCUCCACAAGCAAGCUGGCCGUCCCUGCCCUGAUGGAGCAGCUGUUGGCUUUGCAGCAGCAACAGAUCCACCAGUUGCAAUUGAUUGAACAGAUUCGUCACCAAAUAUUACUGCUGGCUUCCCAGAACGCGGACCUGCCAGCCUCUCCUAGCCCAUCUCAGAGUACAUUACGAACAUCUGCCAACCCCUUGUCCACGUUAAGUUCCCAUUUAUCCCAGCAACUGGCUGCGGCGGCAGGCUUGGCACAGAGCCUGGCUAGCCAGUCUGCCAGCAUCAGUGGUGUGAAGCAACUAUCCCCUCUACAGCUACCUCAGAGCAAUCCUGGCAACACGAUGAUUCCAUCCAGUAGCGGCUCAUCUCCAAAUAUUAACCUGUCUGCAGCAGCAAUUGCGACCCCGUCCUCCGACAAAAUGGCUACGAACGCUGGUGGCCCACAGCUCGUCAACCCGCCGGUGACCACGUCAUCCUCACCAGUUUUUGCAAUAAGCAGUUUAUUAAGCCCCGUAUCAAACCCUCUUCUACCUCAACCCACCCCUAGCAACUCUGUGUUCCCCAAUCCUUUGUCAAAUCUUGGGACGCCUGCAGAGGACUUGAACUCGUUGGCUGCUCUGGCCCAGCAGAGAAAAAACAAGCCCCCCAGCCUAGCCACCUUCGAAGCAAAAAGUUCUUCCGACGAAGCAUUCUUUAAGCAUAAAUGCAGGUUCUGUGCAAAAGUGUUUGGGAGCGACAGUGCCUUGCAGAUCCAUUUACGUUCUCACACUGGGGAGAGGCCAUUUAAAUGCAACAUCUGUGGAAACCGGUUUUCCACCAAGGGGAAUUUAAAGGUCCACUUUCAGCGUCAUAAAGAAAAAUAUCCUCACAUUCAAAUGAAUCCGUACCCAGUGCCAGAGCAUUUGGACAACAUCCCCACAAGUACAGGUAUCCCAUACGGAAUGUCAAUACCACCUGAGAAACCUGUAACGAGUUGGCUGGACAGCAAGCCAGUGUUAUCAACUCUGACAACGUCAGUUGGCCUACCACUUCCACCCACCCUUCCAAGCUUGACUCCUUUUAUCAAAACGGAGGAGCCUCAACCUAUUCCCAUCUGUCAUCCUUCUUCUAGUUCCCCAUGUUCUGUCAAAAGUGACUCUGGGUCCAUUGAUCCUUCUGGGAAAAACUCAAAUGGCCAUGUAGCUGAAGGGGAGGGGUGUGUGCUGCUGUCCUCCAAUGACAAACCAGAAGAAAGCACUCAGAUGCCCAGUGCCUCUGCUAGUCUGGACAAUUCCAUAACCUCGCCAGCAGCAGAUUUGGGUCCCAACAGUGUGGUCGCUUUUACCAAUCCACUCAUGCCUCUCAUGUCAGAGCAAUUUAAGGCCAAGUUUCCAUUUGGAGGGCUGCUGGAUGUCACACCAGCCUCCGAGACUUCCAAACUGCAGCAACUGGUGGAAAACAUUGAUAAAAAGGCAACCGAUCCCAAUGAAUGUAUCAUCUGCCACCGAGUUUUGAGUUGCCAGAGUGCUUUGAAAAUGCACUACCGCACACAUACCGGUGAAAGGCCUUUUAAGUGCAAAAUCUGUGGCCGUGCCUUCACGACAAAAGGCAAUCUCAAGACCCAUUAUAGCGUUCACCGUGCCAUGCCCCCACUGAGAGUGCAACAUUCCUGCCCAAUUUGCCAGAAAAAGUUCACCAAUGCUGUCGUUCUGCAGCAGCACAUUAGAAUGCACAUGGGAGGCCAGAUACCCAACACACCAGUGACAGAAAACUAUCCCGAGUCAAUGGAGUCUGAUACGGGGUCUUUUGAUGAGAAGAACUUUGAUGAUCUGGAUAACUUCUCCGAUGAGAACUUGGAAGACUGUCCUGACAGUAGUGUGCCGGAUACACCUAAAUCUGUCGAUGCAUCUCAAGAUAGUUUAUCUUCUUCCCCAUUGCCACCAGAAAUGUCAAGUAUUGCUGCUUUAGAAAAUCAGAUGAAGAUGAUCAAUGCCGGGCUUGCCGAACAGCUUCAAGCAAGUUUGAAGUCCAUGGAGAACGGAUCGGUGGAAGGGGACAUAAUGACAAAUGAUUCAUCCUCUGUUGGUGGCGAUAUGGAAAGCCAAAGUGCUGGAAGUCCUGCUAUCUCGGAGUCUACCUCUUCCAUGCAGGCCUUGUCCCCAUCCAACAGCACGACCGAUUACCACAAACUGCCAGGUGUUGAAGAGAAACCACCAAGAAUUUUAUCGAGCGAGUUUGCCAAUGGUUGGCCACUGGCUCUUGCAAAUGGCGGCGCUUUGGACUUGACGUCAGGCAACCCGGAGAAAAUGAUUAAAGAGGAGUCCUUGAGCAUGCUGUUUCCUUUCCGAGACAGAGGCAAACUUAAGAACACGGCGUGUGACAUUUGUGGGAAAACGUUUGCUUGUCAGAGUGCCUUGGACAUUCAUUACAGGAGUCAUACCAAAGAGAGACCAUUUAUUUGCACAGUUUGCAAUCGUGGCUUUUCCACAAAGGGUAAUUUGAAGCAGCAUAUGUUGACACAUCAAAUGCGAGAUCUACCAUCACAGCUCUUUGAACCCAACUCGAACCUCGGCCCCAGUCAGAACUCUUCGUCAGUGGUACCCGCUAAUUCGCUCUCGUCUCUUAUAAAGACCGAGGUCAACGGUUUUGUUCAUGGCUCUCCUCAGGACAGCAAAGAGACGUCGUCCAGCCUGCUUCCUUCAGGGCCCUUGCCGCCUUUAGCAACGUCGCCCGUCUUGCUUCCAGCUCUGCCCAGAAGAACGCCGAAGCAGCACUAUUGCAACACAUGUGGGAAAACGUUUUCGUCCUCCAGCGCUUUGCAGAUCCAUGAAAGAACCCAUACAGGGGAGAAGCCUUUUGCCUGCACUAUCUGCGGAAGAGCUUUCACAACAAAAGGGAACCUCAAGAGUCUCUUUCAGGUUCACAUGGGGACUCAUAUGUGGAACAGCACCCCUGCCAGAAGAGGCAGACGGCUUUCUGUGGAUGGCCCCAUGACUUUUCUCGGAAGCAACCCUGUAAAAUUUCCAGACAUGUUUCCAAAAGAUUUGGCCGUGAGGUCCGGAAACGGAGACCCAUCUAGCUUCUGGAAUCAGUACGCAGCUGCACUCUCCAACGGCUUGGCCAUGAAGACGAAUGAGAUCUCCGUCAUUCAAAAUGGUGGCAUCCCUCCAAUUCCUGGGAGCAUGGGCAAUGGCGGCAGUUCCCCUAUUAGCGGCUUGACAGGCAGCAUGGAGAAGCUCCAGAAUUCAGAACCUAACGCGCCUCUAGCUGGUCUGGAGAAACUGGCAAGCAGCGAGAACGGGACUACCUUCCGCUUCACGCGCUUCAUGGAAGACGGCAAAGAGAUUGUAACAAAUUAGGACAUAUGUUACGAACGUUCCUGCAGAUAUUGCAACCUAAGGUUGUGUGGGUUUUUUGUUUUUGUUUUUUGUUAUUUUGGCAACUCAACAAAACAGCAACAUUAAAAAAAGACAUCCUUUUGUACCCUGAUCGACAACUAGAGUUCUAAAACAGCUUAUUUAUUAGUGAUAUAACCUCUUUUUUUUUCUUUUUGUUUUAGCUUUGCAAACACAUGCAAGCGUUAUCUUGGUCUUCUGUAUUUUGAACUAAAUACUAAUUGACUAGAGUGCUGUAACAUUUAUGGCAACGCAAGUCUGUUCAGCUAGGUGGUCUCCUUCUGGCAUUUAACUUAUUUUCUAUAUCCAGUUUAACAUAAACUUUUGGUGGGGAUGCAAUGCCUCCAUAAUUCAUUUCUCACUCUCUCUCUCUCUCACUCUCUCUCUCUCUCGUAACAAAAGUCUGUAUAUGUGUAUACUUCAAUCCCGAUGGAAAUUUUUAUCGGCAAAUACAUUGUUUAAUUCUCCAAACAGAUUUGCGCAAAGGAUUGAAAAUGGACCAUAUAAAAUUGAACCAUAUGCAUCCUUCA